AGAUGUCAUCGCUAAGGCCCUUGCUUAGAAUUUCACACGAUUUCGUAAACAAAAAUUUAAAAUUAAAUUGAAAUAGAUGGCAACCUGGACACAAAAUGAGCCGACAGGCGUCAGCAAACGUAGGCGCUGGAAUCUAGAAGAUCGAGCCUCACUUAACAAAUUGAAGAACCACAUUGCCCAGGAGGGAUGCCCCCAGAUGCAGUAUGACUUGGCCAAGCAGAUUCUGGACAAUGCUAUAGAGCCCCUGGACAAAAUCGAACAGUAUCAAAAGGCCGUAAAUUGGCUCGUCGCUGCGGCACACAACGGGCAUGAGGAUUCGGCCAAGCUGCUGAAGACUUGCUACAACGACGGCCGUGGCAUAACGGCAGAAAAUGAGGAUGAAGUGCGUCGCUGCCUAUCGAUGACUCCGGGGGAGCGCGCGGCGCGAAAAGCAGCUCGAGAACUCUUUGCCGUCCUCUCGAACGGCAACGAGCACGUCACGCCCAAGCAGCUGGAAAGAAAGAUGAGAUGCAUAUACAAUCUUCAACGCAAACGCCGCAGACUGGAGGACGAAACGUCCGGGUCCAGCAGCGAGGGCGAGUCGGAAUGCGAGCCGCUGGGUAACAUGGAAACCAUUGGGCAUGCAAACGUGGAUCAUCCACGCUUAAUCACCGAGGCAAACCUCGUGUCGGCUGCUUCCAACUACAGUGCCGGACGAAUGCCCACAGUGAACGACACUCUGACACUGUCCGUGCCAGAUCCCAGGAGCUUGGACCAUGUGCCCCGCUUCUACCGCAUUUUCUUCCACCCGCUCAUAUUUUUCAGCCUGUUCUACCACCGCCUCGUGAACUGCAUCAUCUCGCUGCCCAGCAUACUGCCUGUGAGCGUGCGCCUGGGUCUCCUCAUAGCCCUCUCCUGGUGGAGCAGCUUCCAGUUGGUGCCACUGAUCAGCUACUACUUCAGCAUUGGCAUGAUGAUUUGGGCCACCUGCAAAAUGCUGAAGACCAAGCAACAGUUUGUCGACUUUCGGAUCUGGUCGGGGCUGUUCCUGCGCUACGGCGACAACAACAUCGAUGCGGGCAUAGCGGAGAAGCGCUUUCUGCGGAACAACAUGAAGCCGUACGUGUACUACUUUGGCGCCUUCAUCUGCAACCUGAUUGUGUAUCCGCUCGUGGCCGAUGGCUGGAUGCCCCACUCAGAGCUGACCAUCAUCUCCGGAGCCUUCACGCUACUCACCAUGGGCGGCAGCAUGUACGCCUCGUCCGAUCUACUGCCCAACUGGGUGGUGGUCGUCUCCUUUGCCGUCAACGUGCUGGCCAAGUAUCCCUACGAGAUGGACAAGGUGGUCACAACGCGCUGGCGCUUCCUGGACCUGCGCAAGCCCACCUUCGCGACCUUUGUCAUUGGCAACGGCAUCGAGUUCUGCCUGAACUGCCGCACAGCCUUGUACCUCUUGAUACCCGUGCUGCUGGUGAUAAUGGCCAAGCGUUCGCGCUGGCACGGUGUCUACACGCAUCUCAUUCCGCACUGCGUCACGCUCUGCUGGCUGCAAGUGUGCAUCGCCACCUCUCAGAGUGCCACCAUGUUUGGCGUGAUUCGCGGCACUCUUGUGCUCGCUGGAUUGGUGUUGUUCCUGCCCCUGUUCGGUAUAGUGGCGCUGCUCGUUCCAGUCUUUGUGGCCAUCAAAAGUCUUGGCCUGGCCAACGAGCAACUGCACUGGGGAGGCGUUGUCAUCGCCAGCCUUCUCAUAAUGAUCGUCUCCUAUCUGCUGGCCAUGAACCGUGCCACCCAGAAGUACAUUACCAUGCUGCAGCUAAUCAUGGGUGUGACAAUGGCCUGCGUUUUGGUCUUUCCCUACAUGACGUCCAGCUUCAAGGACACGCCACGCUUCAAUGCCCUGCCACGAGUCGGUCUGCACUCGCUAUCGGACGCCGACACACUGCCAUGGGAUCGUUUCCAUUCCCUGUGCGCCCUGCCCUUCCAGGAGGAGCCCAACAAGAUUAAGGCACAGCUGCGUUGCUUCCACCUCAACGGCAUGCCCGUGUCCUGGCAGGGCAGCGUCACCAAGGUGCAAAUCGCCAAGGUCUCCAAUAUGUUUGAGGAUCUCGUCGCCAAUUACUUGCCUGCCUGGUUGGGCAGGGCCGUGCGCUGCGCUCAUGGCGAGGACAUUUCGCAGAAUUUCCAGUGCAACCGCAAGCUGGAUGAACAAUGCGACGAGUGGCAGCGCGUCAUCAAAACGGUGAAUGCUCGCACAGGCAGCUGCACGCUGCAGAAGUACAACCGCUACGAGUACGAGCUGCUGGUGAAGGUUGGCAGCAGCAGCGGCAGUCGACUGCUGGGACGCUCGACAGCAUCUGAAGUGGUUCUAAAGGCGCACCAUGACUUUGGCAACUUCACGCGGCAGCUCAGCCAGGGGGACACUGUGUUGUUUUACGGCACACUCCGAAUGCAGACGAACGAUGUGCAAGUGCAGUUGAAGACCAUCGAGUGCCGGGACUGUAAAUCCCCAGAGCUGGGCACGGCGAGCAUUGAACGACUCAUUGGUGCCUCUCCCAUGGAUGCCCGCCUGCAGGAACUAAUGCGGGGCAUCAAAUAUCUGUUGAAUGCGUUGUUGAAUCCGUUAAUUACGUUUAAGUAGGUUAAAUAAAACCAG